AUGAAAACUGAAUUUAGUAAAUUAAAUAUCUCUAAUGAAAAUUCUAAUAAAGAUUCUAAUUUGGAAAACACAAAAUUAGUUAUUGAUAUUAGCUUAGCAUUAGAAAUAUGUAAUGGACUCAGACCAAAUUUUGGAAAAGGGACUCCUGAAGUUUAUAAAAAACUAGCUUAUAAAUGUAUGAAUGCUAAUUCAAAUCAAAGACCAACAGCCAAAGAACUAUAUGAUAUAAUAGAUUUUUGGGAUGAUUCUUUUAAUAAAGAUAAUCAAGAAAAAGAAGAAUUUGGUUAUAAAAGAAAAGAAAUUAAGGCUAUGUUUGAAGAAGCUGAUAAAGAAAUACCAAAUAUUUCAACUUCUCAUAAAAAAAAUUCUGAUGCAAUAUAUACUAGUAGAUUAUUUUCAUUCAACAAUUUAACAAAACCUGUUAAUUCAUCUAUUAUUACUUCAUAUCUUGAUGAUGAUGAAAAUAAUGAAGAUAAUCGAGAUUCUCAAUUAGUUGAUUUAGAAAUUUCUAGCUCAUUAUUACAAUCAAAAGAUGAUAUCAAUGAUAAUGAAAAUAGUUUUGAUGAGUAA